UGUGACUCUCUCGUGGAUUUAGAUCUGCUCCUACCACCAUUAAACGGAACAACAAAUCAGAAAGCUAAGCGACACUGUUUUGUACGAGUUUUGAAGCUUCAAGUUUUUCCAUCACCACGUGAGAAUGCUUGUACAUUUGAGGAAAGAGGGCUUUAUAACAUUGGCCAUGAAGAGGUUACUGAGGCAACCCAGUGACCGGUUGCAGAUGUGGCUGUGACCACUGUUUCAUGACCCUCCUCACCCCGUGAUCUUCGAGUCAAGAUGGCGUCCCAGAGGAGGCACCUGGUCAGAGAUUUCAACCGUUACAUCACCUGCUCCAUGUGCCGUGGCUACCUUAUCAAACCUACUGCUGUGACUGAGUGCCUCCAUACCUUUUGUAAGAGUUGUAUUGUUCAGCACUUUGAAGAGAGUAAUGAAUGCCCUGAGUGUGGAAUUCAGGUCCAUGAAACCAACCCACUUGAGAUGCUGAGGUUGGAUAAGACCUUAGAAGAAAUCAUCUUCAAGUUAGUGCCUGGCCUGAGAGAGAAGGAGGAACAGCAGGAAAUGGAUUUCUGGAAGAAGAAUAAGUCAAAAACAAACGGUGAAGCAGACAGCCCCAGAUCCAAAAAGGCUCGAUUGAGUGAUAAAGAGGAAGAUGAGGGAGAGAAGGGUGGAGACUACCACAGGAGUGAUCCUCAAAUCGCUAUAUGUCUGGACUGCCUCCGAAAUAAUGGGCAAUCGGGAGAGAGCAUUGUAAAGGGUUUGAUGAAGAAAUUCAUUCGCUGUUCCACCCGUGUUACAGUGGGAACCAUUAAGAAAUUUCUUUGUCUAAAACUCAAUUUGCCAAGUUCUUAUGAAUUGGACGUUCUCUGUAAUGGGGAGAUCAUGGGCAAGGAUCACACCCUGGAGUUUAUCUACCGAACCCGCUGGAGAUUACAGGGGGACAGCGCGUACCCCAUGGUUCUUGAGUACAGACCACGCAUUGACUUUGGCUAAAUGGACAUCCCUGAUGAACAAAGCCCAAAGCAGAGGUCAAUGAAGGUCAAACAACUGACAGAUGGCAUGAAAAGAGAAAUGGAUAAAUGGAUGUGUACUUCUUGGAGAGCAGGGACUCAACUGACCUUACUGCACUCGUUUCAGCUGGUUUACCACUUCAUUCUUGUC